AUGUUCAGCAACAGGGGAGGCCUCGACGCGCUCCUCGAGCGCAAACGACCCAGCGUAUGGCAACAAUUCUUCUCGAUGCCAGCGGUCUAUAUAGCAAAAACACUCUACAGCUGGCGUUCCAUCACCCCAGCAGAAUCCUCCUCGACUCCAACUACUGCUGUAUGUAUCUCAGACACCCACAACAGCCAGCCCUACAUCCCACCCGGCGACAUCCUCAUCCACGCCGGCGACCUGAUCCAAUCCGGCUCUAUCCAGGAGCUCCAGACAUCCAUCGACUGGCUGAACGCCCUACCACACAAGCACAAAAUCGUCGUUGCCGGAAACCAUGAUCUGCACCUUGAUCCCGCGCCCCGGAAUCCCACCUCCAAGCAGGAUAUGCGCCGGCGGUCGCACAGUCCGAGUCUACGGCAGCCCCUGGUCGAUCCGCCACGGCGACUGGGCGUCCAGUAUCCUCGCUCAGCGGACAUAUGGCGCGACACGAUCCCUCCAGAUACGGAUAUCCUGGUUACGCAUACGCCUCCGCGCGGCCAUCUGGACUUGAAUUACUUCGGCCGUGCCUUUCUACUUGAUGAGCUGUGGAGGCUGAAGAGCAAGCCGCGGCUGCACGUCUUCGGUCACGUGCACGAGGGAUAUGGACAGAAGUGGGUGAUGUUUGAUGGGUUGCAGAAGGCAUUUGAGGGCAUUAUGAGCGGGGAGCGCGGGUUUUGGGGGUUUUGGCGUGUCGUUCGGAGUUUCUGA